AUGUCCUAUCAGUGGGACUACUCAGCUAUGACAUCGCCACGAACUAUGGUCAAUCAGUACAAUCACCUAUUAGAGCGAGCUGCCGACUUUUAUACAGCGAUCGAUAAUGGCAGAGACUCCAUGUCGUCAGGUUCUAGUGCCUCAUACCGCUCAACGCCCGAGCGAAGAGAGUCUACCAGCACCAGUGUGAUUGCCCAAGUCAAGAAAUCUAUUCCUGACAAGAUUGAGCGACGCCGAGAACAGAACAGAUCGUCACAGAGAGCAUACCGAGACCGCAAGGAGCGCCAUCAACGCGAAUUGGAACAACAAAUCGCCGACUGGCGACAAAAGCACCAGAUGCUCUCGAAAUCCUACAGCAAGCAGGGUGGCGAAGUCCGCCGCCUGAAAAGCCAGAUCGAACAACUCACAAGCGAGAUCGCCGCCCUGCAAAGUGGCCUGCCCAGUCUGUGCGGAAGCCUCAGUCAGUCACCGACGGAAUUUGACCUGGUACCGUUCUUUGAAGUUGGAACUCCGAUGUCAGUGUCAUCCCCUCGCGUUGGCAUGCACCAGACGUGA